GAAUAUGUCUGGCUCUGCCUUUACACUCGUGUUCUACUACAUUCCUGAAGACAAGGACGAUCUAAAAAUUCCAAAUGCUUAUGCGAUCCCAAAGGAUGUCAAUGAGAUCACACUCAAUGAUAUUGAGUCCUUCUUUCCAUUUAAGGAAAAGUUCCACUUUAGGUUCCAGUUCCAGCAUGGCGACCAAGUUGUUUGGCUAGAUCUCAACAAGAAAAAUGUCAAAGUUCCUCAGUACAAGAACAAAAUUAUUAUGAAAGUCUCUCGUGAAGUCAAAAAGGACCUUGAAAAGGACCUCAGCAGUCAUUCUGACCAUCCUGAUAAGGCAACGGAAUCUCUAUUCAACUUGUAAAGAGCUUCAAGAACCCAGAUAUUUUGAAUCAAGCGUCAUAGAAGUUUCAAUAUUAAAUAUUA